GUGUAUGAUACAGAACACCCGUGUUAUAACGACUGUCGUUGCCCGCCAUGCGAGGAUAAAUAAGUUACGAUCAUUCAUUCUUAAAAUAUCGAAAACAGUUAAGGCCAAAACGUCACAAUGUAGCUUCUGUGACGUCAGCAAUUAUCGUUCCACCUGCCAAGCUAUUAUUACGUCACAAUAGUCGCGGUGGUCGCUAUACACGAAUGUCAAUCAACACACGCUGUGUUGAAGAUGCGAAAAGCGACAACUUGAAAGUUAUUUUUAUUUAAGUAGUUUUUACCAGUAACGUAUUUUAACGACUGACGUUUAGCUGCUAAUUCCUCUCUCUUCGUUGUUUUAAUUAGUUCAGUCUUCGCUAUCGCAUCCGAAGAAAUAAAUAAAAAAAACACAAUUUAAAACAACUUAAAUACCAAACUAAAAUGCCAGAAAAUCGGAAUAUAUGAAAUAUUGCAAAAAUAUUUGCAAAAAGCGAAUAACAGGAUUAAAAUAUUUUUUAACAUAAUCGACGAUUAUGAUACGCUAUUAUGACGUCAUUUUACGGUCAAUUCUUGUGGGACGCGGAGUUAACGCAGUAUGACGUCACAGUGCGAGUUACUUGUCAUAAUACGUCAUCGAUUAUGCAAAAAAAUACCAAAAAUUAUGACAAUCGUUUUUCGAAAAAAUCAAAAAAAAUUCUCACGGUUAUGACGCAACACUCGUGCUUGUGACGUCAUGAGAACGGAGGUGUUCGAGUGGCUUCAAGAAGGUUUAUCAGUGACGUAACAAUCAAAUACAAUCAACCAAUUAAAGCUUAAUCCGUUAACGUAUUUGCAUUAGGUGCAAAUAUUUUCGUGGAUAUUUUGAAAUCACAUUUCUUUAAAUAAAAUGAAACACUUGAAUAAAUAAAUAUCAUUCAUUGUUGGUAUUCAAAUUGAAAGUUGUUUUCGAGUGUUAAUUGAUCAAAGUGUUUAAAGUUUAUUUUCAAAUUUUAAAUGUUUAAAAAACAUUGAAACAGAUAUAGUUACAAAAACAUUUAAACGAUUUUAACUCUUUAAGAUUUUCUUUGAAAGUUUUUGUUACGAUUUAAAAUAGAACCCGUCGAUUAACAAUCCCUGUUAUGACGUAUGUAUUAAACUUCAAGAAAGCGAUAUAUCGGAUAUGACGUCACAAUCCCGAUAGUUAUCUAAUAUAUCCGCAUUAUGACAUCACAAGCAUCCGAUACUUAUGAAUGAACAUCGUGUGAAAAUUUUGAUUAUCUUACAAUUUCACGCUUGAUUGAGCUGAUGUGACGUAAUAACUGAUGAUGUGACGUAAUAGAGAAGCAUUGUACUUAAGAAUUAUCAGAUUACUCGAAUACGCGAGAAACUUUAAGAAAAUUUCAAGUUUCAAAGUUUUAAAAUAUGAAAUUGUAUUUUACUAAUCAUAACCCAAAUAUAAAUCAUAACUCAAAAAAAGUUUGUUUUUUUAAUAGUACAAGUUCAUGGUAUCACAAAAAAUGGGGUUCAUUUGUAAUUUUGCCUAUAUUUUUGUUUUAAGUGUCUCAAUUUCCCCAUAUAUACCAUAUUACCCCAACAUCGUUUGCACCGAGCAAGGUUAGUUGUUGCGACUUGUUGGGGAUUAUUCGCUUAAUUGAACUAAUCCCCGGUUAGAAGAAGGCUCGCCGCCAUUUAUCGCGGCCUUCGCGAUGUUUUGAUCAUUGUUACGUCAUAACUAUGGAGGGUACGUCAUACGGGAGAGAUACGUCACAGUGGAAAGUGACGUCACGAGCUGAUGACGUCAGAGAAGCGAUGUUUGCGACGCCGAAGAAAAGUCGUAUCCUCAACAUCUUAUGCCGUGUAUGCGGCGAUCGUAGUUCGGGCAAACAUUAUGGUGUGUACGCAUGUGAUGGCUGUAGCGGGUUCUUUAAGAGAAGUAUUAGGAGGAACCGGAAGUAUGUUUGUAAGGGUUCAAGUAAAGGUGACUGCAAGGUCGACAAGACGCAUAGGAACCAAUGUAGAGCGUGCAGGCUGGCCAAGUGUUUGAGGGUCGAUAUGAAGGAAGAAGCGGUUCAGCACGAACGCGGACCCCGCGCCUCCCACAACUUUGAGCGAAUAUCGGCGGGGUUUCGGGCUUUGGAUUCCGGCGGGCAACGCCAAGAAACCCCGAUGUCAAGCUCGCCGUUUAGCGACAACAGACCGCAUGAUAUAAGUGGGAGAGAGGCGAGUAAGAAAUUGGCGCAAAACCCUCCACCUUCUAUACCACGCAUGGCAUCCCCAGACACAACAACGUUAAUACCUGGAGACACUUCCCCUGCCACGUCAUACUUGGGGACUUUCCCGGCUCCGAUAAUGGCUCCUACGUCAUCAAUUCGAACUGCAGACGAAGCAUCUUUACGCCACACAAACCCAUACAAUUGGUUCGAAGCUCGCCACCGCCACCAUGCGGCCAUGUACAACACAGAUCGACAACCGCUAGUACCACCGUUUCACCCGAUGCUAACCAGCCCACCAUUCAGCCCUCUAAUGCAUCCAUUCCUGAGCGCUUAUUUUGGCGCCACUCUUUGUGACGUAGCACACAAGUCGCUUCGAACAAUCAAACAAUGGAUGACGUCAUGCCCUCCAUUCAACGAGAUGGACGUCACAAACAGGAUGGAGCUAUUGAGACACAAUUGGCAAAUAUUGAUGGUUCUAGAACUCAGCAGAUGGCCGAUAACCGCUGAUUACGGAAUGUUACAACAAUGCGCAUUGUUUAACAAAAGCUUCGAUAACAAUGAAAAUCAGUCGAACCUCAACGAAACGGAACCGGCACAUAGCGCCAUCGUGCGGGUGUACGAAUUAAUAAUAAAUUCAUCAUCGAUAAAGUUGGACGAGAUUGAACGAAACUUUGUUUAUAGUGUCGCUAUGCUGGAAGGUUCGAACCAAACGUACAACGAUGAGAAGACCCGAGUACGUACCGCGUUCGAAACUUACCUCAGGUUGAAGUAUCACGACGCCAUGGAACUUAUUGAAAGGAGAGCUUCGUUAUUACGGCUGGCACUGUCUGACGUCAAAGCUGAUGACGUCAUGAGCAUAUUCUUUCGAAGACUGGGCACCACAGCGGAUUCACUUAUACAAAAUGAUAUAUAACAGGCGUUUAAUCUCAUAAACGAAGUAAAUAUAUUAUUUAUAAAUUCACGUAUGUGUACAUACGCAACUCCGCUGCGCCCACCGGCGGUUCUGGGAUUUUCAUAUUUUCAGGAUGCGCCUUUGUAAAGCAUUAAGGUGGCUGUAAACAGUACCCACAAAUCGUCCGUUUUGUCUGUUUUGUCCGGAUUUCGCUGCCGCAUGCGGAACUCGGUGAUGGGUUUG